CCGCUGUCAUGCAAGGACACAGAAAUGAAAAUAUUGACAAGAGGAAAGUUCGGCCUGUGCCCCCGGAGGCCCGUUUCCUGGUAACUUUCUGUCGUAAAACAUGCUGAAUCAUGACAAAGAUAAUGUAAACAUGUUUUUAAAGAGAGCAGAACUGUCCUGUGCUCUGAGUACUUAGGUUAUGUCAAGGUUAUUGAGAAACAAGUACUUUACAUACAGGCCAAUUGUGCUUUGUUUAUUUUUUGGCCUUGCCAAUGUCUGCGGGGGAGAAAUGAAAGACUUGUGAUAACGGCUUAGCUAUUAACAUAUGAAUAUCGUGAUUAAAUCAACUUAAAGUUAUGAUGAGAAAGUUACACAAGUUCAGGUGACUGCAGUUGGGUCUUAGUAAGAGCAGGUCUGUCUGCAGCUUUAAAGUGAUGACAGGACAUUCCUGCGCUUAAACUCAAACAGCCACGUGGAACUUUGUUUGAAUGUGUGUUGAGAGGUUGAGAAGAAAAGAAAUCUAGCUUAAUUUUCAAUCACAUGGGUGAGGCCCUGGCACUGAUCUGCUGAUUUGCCUGUUGUGUGAUUUGUGCAGCUUUCACAAGACUGGGAAAGGGAUUAUUAAACUGAUAUACCUGCUAAGGAAAGGUCAGAGUUGGACGUGUGUGGCUGAAUCAGGCACAACACUUCUUCAGCUGACUGGUGAUAAGGGCAGAGGGUGUCGAUUUUGUUGUUGACCGGACGGUAGGGACAUGAUGUUGCUUCCUGCGUUAAGGUUUUGCUCAAGUGUUCCAUCCGAUCUUAUGUAUUUACAGGGCUUCAGCAGGGUCUUAAAGUCUUUUAAAAGUCUAAAAUGCAAUCAUCUGAAUUUUAGGCCCUUAAAAAGUCUUAAAUAUGUUAAGGUGUUACUUAUGUAAGCAGAACAGUCCAGCAGGCACCAAACCAGAGCCUGCAGCAUCCAAUUUGGGACAUGCUGAUUCAAUAGAGAGGAAGAGUGAGUGGAUUGAAGCAGCAAAAUGGUUUAGAUUAGGAAUAAAAUGAAACAAUCCAAGCUCAUCAUGCAAUUUCUAACUAAGCCAGUGAUUCUUGAGCAUUACAACUCCAAACAGUGAGGGGUUUGUGUUUCUGUGAGCAGCAGCAGCAGUGUCGUCCAGCUCCUCCUGCACGGGGCCAAAAUCAACUUCAGCCGGGGUCUGUGUGAAACAAAAGGCCGCUAAUGAGAGAAGAUGCUUGUGUGGGUGUUUCAGGGGCUCCCGGGGGUGGGGGACGUGUUUGUUGGCUGCAAUAUAAAAGGGUGGGAUAUGUGACUCAUUUCAUUUGCUCACCACAGAGGGAGGGCGUGGGACAGUAUGUGUUCCUAGUGGUGAUGACCUCUGAGAACCAAUAUCACUAAAUCGGUCAUUAAUCCACUGUGGUGUCAUUAACCUGCCGCUCUACAUGUUGACUCAUGUUGACUCAUGUCUCACGGAGUCAAGAAACCGUUCACAGAAGUCAUCAAGGCAAACAUAGGCGACGCCCACGCCAUGGGUCAGAAACCAAUCACAUUCUUCCGACAGGUCUUGGCGUUGUGUUCUUACCCCGAACUCCUGGAAGACGACAAGUUUCCGUCAGACGCCAAGAAGAGAGCGCGGCGUAUUCUCGAGGCCUGCGGCGGCCACAGUAUAGGGGCGUACAGUGCCAGCCAGGGGAUUGAGUGCAUCCGUCAGGAUGUGGCCCGCUUCAUCGAGAGGAGAGACGGUGGAAUCCCCUCCAACCCUGACCACAUCUACCUCUCCACCGGGGCCAGUGAUGCCAUCGUGACCAUGCUGAAGUUGCUGGUGUGUGGUGAGGGUCGGGACCGUACGGGGGUGAUGAUCUCCAUCCCUCAGUACCCUCUGUACUCGGCCGCCCUCGCCGACCUGGCUGCCGUGCAGAUCAAUUACUACCUGGAUGAGGAAAAGUGUUGGGGUUUGGACGUUGCAGAACUCAGGAGGUCACUGACCGAAGCCAGAAAGCACUGCAACCCCCGGGUCCUGUGCAUCAUCAACCCUGGAAACCCCACCGGUCAGGUCCAGAGCAGGCAGUGCAUCGAAGACGUGAUCCGAUUCGCUAAAGAGGAGCAUCUCUUCCUCAUGGCUGAUGAAGUCUACCAGGAUAAUGUGUAUGCAGAGGGCUGUAAAUUUCACUCUUUCAAGAAGGUGCUGUUUGAGAUGGGACCAGAAUACUCGAGCACAGUGGAGAUGGCCUCUUUCCACUCCACCUCCAAAUGCUACAUGGGAGAGUGUGGAUUCCGUGGAGGUUACAUGGAGGUGAUCAACAUGGACCCGGAGGUGAAGGCCCAACUCAUCAAACUGGUGUCGGUGCGUCUGUGUCCCCCCAUCCCCGGACAGGCUCUGCUGGACCUGGUGGUCAACCCCCCGCAGCCCGACGAGCCGUCCUACACCCUGUUUAUGAAGGAGCGGACUGCGGUGCUGGCGGCGUUGGCAGAGAAGGCCCGGCUCACAGAACAGAUCUUCAACACAGUACCUGGCUUCACGUGUAAUCCGGUCCAGGGGGCCAUGUACACCUUCCCCCGCCUCAACUUAUCUCAGAAGGCCAUCGACAAGGCCAAGGAAGAAGGCCAGAUCCCUGACAUGUUCUACUGUAUGAAGCUGCUGGAGGAGGAGGGGAUCUGUCUGGUGCCCGGUAGCGGUUUUGGGCAAAGAGACGGAACCUUUCACUUCAGGAUGACCAUACUGCCGCCCACCGACAAGUUGAAAUUUGUGCUGGAGAAGAUCCGCGACUUCCACCUGCGGUUCACUCAGGAGUUCUCAUAACGAUCCUCCAACCCGGUGCUGCAUCUCCAGAACUAAGUCACAUCAGUCCCAGUAUCUUCAAGUGCCUUCGAGCCCAUUUCACAUCAGUGAAGAACCUUGAACAUUUCUUUGCGAGAGCUAACGAAAAUAUGUGCCCUUAUGUACAUAAAGCAUAUAAAGAUUAUAAGUGCACAAUGAACUUACCCGGCCAAUUUUGUAAAGUUCACAAGUUGUUUUUAGAUCGAUAAUAUAUUUUAGGUGUCACCUGUGACAAGUGCAUCUCUCUCCUGCCAAGACCUUUUGUUUGUGUAAAGGCUCAUUUAUUCUCAACGUUAAACAAAGACAGAGCCCUCCGUCAACACUCUGCAUUGAUUUCAUCUGAACUUGUGCACAUCCUCUGGAAGCUCCCAGGUACAGAAUAGUAUCACUGGAAAUCCCGGAGGGCAGUGUAGCUCGUGGUUCAAGUGAGACAACUCCAGGAAACAGGCAGAAAUUUGAACUAAGAAUUUCCCGUCACAUGUGGGAGUAUAUUGAAUCGCCUCACUGACCACAGCAGUUAAAAACGAUACUUUUGCCUGUUUCUCAUGAGGUACAUUAAUCACUAUCUCCUCAACCUUCACCAUGUUUGUUUGUCAGAAACCCAACUGUGUGCUGCCCUCUAGUGGAUAUAUUGCUUAACAACUGUGCCAACAUGAGGGACACAUGGAACUAGAGUCAGUGAUGACAUAGUUUGUAAAGAUGCGUCUGUUUUCAUGCGUAGAGGCAGAACAAAUGAGCCUUUAGGUGAUUACUUGAUUGACCUUGCUGUCUGUGAAUGAGAGUGAGUGAGAAUGAGUCCUGCCAGUGAAAUCCUUAAACGUCUCAGAAUGUAGCCGUUUCUUUUACUAAUUGUACUAAAAUGACAUUAAAACACUUGAAUUAAAAAAUAAAUUCAUGCUGGAUCUUACAUUUGAAAUGUA